GAGCGUAACUGUGGAGUGCAUGAGCUGAUCUGCAUCAGAAAAGUCUCUCCAGAGGUGCUGGGGUUUCUGACAGCCAUCGGACUCUUCAUCAUCCUCAUGACCCUCCUGUUCUGGUACCUCAGCAACAAGUUGGCACUAGAGAACCCAGGGAGCCUUCAGUGCCUUGAUGACUUCAGGAAAAAAUCAGAGCUGCAAGACAAGGCCUACUCUGAUGCCGACCUGCAGGGCUCAUCGUCGGACAGCGAGGAUGAACUGAUGGGUCAGUAUCAGGAAGCGGUCAGCCGCUCCCAAGGCCUCCGCGGAGGAGCCAAGGCAGCCGCUAAUGUCAAACAUGCGGGAGGAUUCAGCUGGGAGAGCCGGCAGAAGUACAGCCCGCUGACUGCUGAUUACGACGGCUACAGCAGCGAAGCCUCGGCUGAUGACGACUCACCAUCACAAGGCGUUUACCGUGGUGGAUGGAAGGCAGCCAACUGUAUCCAGAGGAUGAGACGAACACCGCCGCUGGAUGAGCUUCAGCCACCUCCGUAUCAGGAUGAGAAUGGCUCUCCACGGAUGUCCUGUACACUGUCGGACCUGGGAGACGCCAAGUGUGAUCUGUCCCAUACCAGUGGCAGUCCCCACCUGUCCUUUGGCAAAUGCCCUAGUGAGGGAAGCGACGGCCACGAGACUGAGAGUUACCUCAACAAGGGCUACGAGGAGGACGUACCCAGUGACAGUACAGCUAUUCUCAGCCCAGAGGACAUGUCAGCUCGUGGAUCAGCAGCUCAGCUCCCCAAAGGUUAUGAACCAGAUCCACUUGCAAAAUAUGGCACUCUGGAUGUGGUUUUUGACUAUGACUCAGAGGACCAGCAGCUAGCGGUCACCAUCAUGGCAGUAUCAGAUCUUCCCUCUAUAAAACGCACCGGCAACAUCUCCUGGCAGGUCCACCUGGUGCUGCUGCCCACCAAGAAGCAGAGGGCAAAGACAGGAAUCCAAAGAGGCCCAUGCCCAAUCUUCACGGAGACCUUCCGCUUUAGCCAUGUGGAUUCAGAGAUGAUCAGCAAUUACGCCAUUCGAUUCCGUCUUUACAGCAUGCGACGGAUGAAGAAAGAGAAGGUGCUCGGGGAAAAGGUGUUCUACCUCACCAAGCUUAACCUUCAAGGCAAAUUGUCUGUGCCAGUCAUAUUAGACCCAUGCUGUGCUCUCCAGGGUGGAGAAUCCCAGGUCAGCCUCUCAGAUAUGACAUGCAGUGAAAGCGCCUCAUCAUUCCAGUCAGUCAGUCAGACUUCCACGCCAGAGAUCCUCGUGGGGCUGGUGUACAACGCCACAACAGGACGUCUCUCUGUGGAGAUCAUCAAAGGCAUUCAUUUCAAAAACCUGGCCGCCAACAAGCCACCCAAUACAUAUGUUAAGCUUACCUUACUGAACUCCAUGGGCCACGAGAUGUCCAAGUGUAAGACAUCCAUCCGUCGAGGUCAGCCCAACCCAAUCUACAAAGAGACGUUUGUCUUCCAGGUAGCUCUUUUCCAGCUGUCGGACGUCACACUCAUCCUCUCCGUCUACAACAAGCGCAGCAUGAAGCGCAAGGAGUUGAUUGGCUGGAUUUCGCUAGGCCUCAACAGCUCUGGAGAGGAGGAGCUCACCCACUGGACUCAGAUGAAAGAGUCUAAAGGACAGCAGGUUUGCCGUUGGCACAGUUUGCUGGAGUCCUAA